AUGGUACUAGAAGAUCUUGCUGAAGUGUUCUCAGCUUUUGAUGUAUUAAAUUACUGCCUUGAUCCUGGAAUACCUGAACAUGGAAAUAGAACACCAACCUCAGGAGUUUUCUUUGAGAAUGCUAAUGCCCGUUUUCGAUGCCAAGAGGGAUACCGGCUUGAAGGACCUUCAAAAAUUACAUGUGUCAGACAACAUGAUGGCUUCCUGUCCUGGAAACCAAGUGAGAAACCAGCGUGCCUACCAGAAGCUUGCCUUGUUCCGCAUAUUGCAUAUGCUGAAGUCUAUAACAAGACAUAUAAACCAGGAGAUAAAUUAAUUGUGAAGUGCCACGAUGGCUUCCAGAUCCGCUACCCUGAUUUGGACAGUACAGCUUCAGUUUGUCAGGAUGAUGGACUGUGGGAUAUCCUGCCAAUUUGUCAAGGUUGUCUAAGACCACUGACAAAUCCUCACAGUUAUGUAAAUGUGUCAGAAUCUGAGUCCUCCUUUGCGGUAGGAACUGUGAUAUAUUUUCAGUGCUUCCCUGGAUACAAAUUGGAAGGGACAGAGCUUCUUGAGUGUAUGUAUAGCCUUAUUUGGUCUGACAGCCCACCUCGGUGCCUUGAUGUUGAAGUGUGUCCAUUACCUCCAGUCGUGGAUCACGGAGACUACAUCUGCCAUCCGCAGCCCUGUGACCGCUACAUUCAUGGCACUGUAGUGGAGUUUUUCUGUGAUGAUGGAUAUUCUCUCAACACUGACUAUAAGUAUAUCACCUGCCAGCACGGAUACUGGUUUCCUUCUAAUCAGGCAUAUUGCAUCAAAUCAGAUGAGUUUUGGCCUGACAUUCAGGGGACCAGCCUGACAACAUGGAAGAUUGUCUCAUUUACUGCUUCUAGUGUUCUACUUGCUCUUCUGUUGGUGAUUUUCGUUAAAGUCUUCCAGAUCAAAUUUAAGGGACUGUGUCAGCCAAGAAAUGGUCAAGACAGUUCUUCUAAUCCAGAUAUUUUAGUGGUGGAUGGCGUGCCUGUCAUAUUACCUUCAUAUGAUGAAGCUAUAACAAGUGGCUUUCCUACCUUGUCACCUGGUUAUUCACCCUCUGCAGGUCAGGGGUAUUCACAGUACACAGAGGAGCAAAGUCCUCCUGCAUAUCCUGGUCAUACUGAUCCAGGUAUAAUGACUCAGCCAGAGCCAGCCAACUGCCCAACCACUGAUGUCUUAUCACAUUCCUGUGAACCUAACAGUAACACCAGCCCAUCAUCACUGCAUAAAGAUGAAACGGAGCUCCCGGCAUGUGAAGCCAGUGCAACAGAUACAUCUGAAAGCACAGUGGCAACAAGUCCUGUUAUUAACAUUGCUGAUGAUAUUCCAUUGAUCGAAGAAGAUAUUUAAUCUUCAGUCCAGACCGUUAAUUCCGAUCACAGAUUUGAGAUGAUGUUACACAGAAUGCAUAAUCAAGCAGCAAAAAAAUCACAUUUCCUUGAGUAACUUUCCAGUGAUUUCUCAUCCACUGAGAACGUUUCUGUCAGCUGCGUGACCGCAAGGAGCUGAGGGCGCGAAAUAUCUGACUUUUUUCCAUUCCCAGGGACUAAUAUUAGAAUUAUGGAUGCCAUUAGUAAAUGAAGUCAAGAACAGUAAGGUAUUUUAAUCCCUGCUGGAAUACUGAAUACAGGAUUAGUCAUAUGAGCCUCAGCCAGAUCUUCAGACUGCCAAACCACACAAUCCUUUGUGAAAACCAGUUACUUUUUUUCUUAGGAUAACACUAUUUCAUAUUAUUUGAUUAGAAUAAGAAUGUAGAAAGAUGUCUCAAUGCAAAUCCUAAAAGAGUGUAGUUAGGUGCAAUUCAC